CGGCGCGCAGAUAUUAUGUGUGUUACGGCUACGUAAGGUAAGGGCUCACGCGGACACAACAAGCCGUCAAGUCAAGAUGGCGGCCGACGGUCAGUUCGAGUACGAGUCGGUGCUCUGUGUCAAACCUGAAGUCAACGUCUACCGGAUUCCACCGAGAGCAUCCAACCGGGCUAUCAGAGCUGCCGAUUGGAAGCUGGAUGCUCCCGACUGGACGGGACGCAUGCGUGUGACAGCUCGGGGCAAAGUGGCAUAUGUGAAACUGGAAGACAAAAUCUCUGGGGAGCUGUUUGCCCAGGCACCAGUGCAGGAGUACCCUGGCAUCGCAGUCGAAACAGUCAGUGACUCAAGUCGGUACUUUGUGCUCCGCAUCCAGGAUGAUAACGGCCGCAGCGCGUUCAUAGGUAUUGGGUUUGGAGACAGAGGUGAUGCCUUUGACUUCAAUGUUGCACUGCAGGAUCACUUCAAGUGGGUAAAACAGGACGAUGAACUCAUCAAACAGGCCCAGGCUCCAGACUCCACCCCAAAACUGGACCUGGGUUUUAAAGAAGGACAGACCAUUACAAUCAAUAUUGGGCAAUCAAAAAAGAAGGACAAAUCUCGCGUACAGAGUUCAGGUGGCUUUGGCCUCCUUCCACCACCUCCUGGAGGGAAGCUAGCACCACCCCCAUCAUGUAGGUCUACCAAUCAUAAUGUACCACCAUCUGCAGGAGGAAGCAAUACUGGUUGCUUGCUUGAUCUGGAUUCCAGUAACUCAAACUCAGUGGCUCCAUCCAACCCCACCACCACAGCCAGCUCCGACCUCUGGGGAGAGUUUGAUUCUGUCUCCUCAAAGUAAAAUGACAUUCAUUUUGUGUUUCUUGGGCUUAUCAUUCAGU